UUUAAAUUAUAAUGAUAACACAAUUACAUUGUGAUUUAUGUACUAAAAAUGACAGCUUUAAAAAUGGCCAGGCCUGCAGAAAAGGUGUGGAAUAGUAAGUCUGAAAUUGUUUUUGUGGCAAUGACAAUAGAUUAUCUUAUAUUAAGAGGAGCCACUGACUACUGUCUUGUCAACAAAAAACGUGACACAGGAAGGGAUAAACAAAACCAGGUAUUUUAGGCCCUGCCCAUACAAACUCCCAUUCUGCCCUGAUAGGUGGUGGGCAGGAAUAAAUAAUAUAACAAGUCAAUAAAAUGGGUGAUGUAGUGAUGGAACUGAACUCAGAAAAGGGACGAACCAGAGCAAAGUCAUGAGGGUAUUUUUGGACACUAGUCUCCUCUUACUAUGGCUGUUCUCCUGGUUUUCAUCUGAUGUGUCCUCCUCUCUUUAUUCAACCUCUUGUCAGUUACAGGGACAGUUUAAUCUCAGUGGGAUGCACCAGAAUGGUGAUGUGAUUUUAGGUGGACUUUUUGAAAUACACUUCUUUUCUGCUGACCCUGACCUGUCUUUUACCUCAGAGCCACAACAGCCUACCUGCUAUGGAUUUGAUGUUAUAGGAUUCAGACAGGCUCAGACCAUGGCCUUUGCUAUUGAUGAAAUCAACAGAAAAUCCAACCUGCUGCCUAAUGUGACUCUGGGAUACAGUCUGUAUGAUAACUGUCUUCAAGUAGGAAUUGGAUUUCGUGCAGCACUGACCUUAGUUAGUGGUCAAGAAGAGGAAGUUACAUUAGAGGAGAACUGUGUAGGAACUCCUCCAGUCCUAGGGAUUGUGGGUGAUUCUUCUUCUACACGUUCUAUUGCCAUAUCCACAGUCUUAGGUUUGUACAGAGUGCCAAUGGUCAGUUAUUUUGCCACAUGUUCCUGCCUGAGUGACCGACAAAAGUUUCCAUCUUUCUUUAGGACAAUCCCGAGUGAUGCUUUUCAGGUGAAUGCAAUGAUUCAGAUUCUUAAACACUUUGGUUGGACUUGGGCAGGUCUGCUCAUCAGUGAUGAUGAUUAUGGAGUCCACGCUGCCCGAUCCUUUCACUCUAAUCUGGGUCCAGCUGGUGCAGGUUGUCUGGCUUACACAGAGAUUUUGCCCUGGGGUGACGACCCUGCUGAACUAAGGAGAAUAGUGGAUGUGAUGAGGAAAUCUACAGCUCGAGUGGUGAUUGUGUUUUCAAAUAAGAGUCGCAUGAUUAAUCUCAUGAAAGAGGUGGUGAGGCAGAAUGUGACAGGCCUGCAGUGGAUUGCCAGUGAAUCCUGGACAACAGCUGAUGUACUCCAGACUCCUCACCUCAUGCCUUACCUGGGUGGAACACUGGGCAUCUCUGUCCGUCGAGGAGAAAUACCAGGACUCAGAGAAUUCCUUUCACAAAUGCAUCCUGAUCUGCACACAGACGGAAACAUCAUGGUGAGCGUGAACCAGUUUUGGGAACACACGUUUCAGUGUAGAUUUGCACCACCUCCAGCAGGUUGGGUGGAAGCUGGAGGAGAAUUAUGCACUGGACAGGAAGUUAUAGAGAAUGUGGAGACUGAGUUCUUGGAUGUUUCAAACCUCAGGCCAGAGUAUAAUGUGUAUAAGGCUGUGUACGCUCUGGCAUAUGCUCUUGAUGACAUGUUGCAGUGUGAGCCAGGGAGAGGACCUUUCAGCAACAACACCUGUGCUCAUUUACAAAGACUGGAGCUAUGGCAGCUUGUACAUUACUUGGAAAAGGUCAACUUCACCACGACAUUUGGUGAUCAAGUAUCAUUUGAUGAGAAUGGUGAUACCAUACCAUUAUAUGACAUCAUGAACUGGGUGUGGCUCCCUAGUGGAAGAACUAAUGUUCAGAGAGUGGGUGAGGUUAAGAGGUCAGCCUUUAAAGGUGAAGAAGUCACACUGGAUGAGGACAACAUUUUCUGGAACUUUGAAUCCAAACAGCCUCCUCAGUCAGUGUGCAGUGAGAGCUGUCCACCAGGUACCCGCAUGGCCAGAAAGAAGGGGGAACCUGAGUGUUGUUUUGACUGUGUCUCUUGUCCGGAAGGAAAGAUCAGCAAUACAACUGACACCAUGGAGUGCACCAGUUGUCCAGAAGAUUUCUGGUCUAGCCCCCAGCGUGACCACUGUGUUCCUAAGAAAACAGAGUUCCUCUCCUACCAUGAGCCUCUGGGUAUCUGCUUGACAACCACCUCACUGUUGGGCACAUGUAUCUGUGUUGUUGUUCUGGGCAUCUUCAUCCAUCAUCACAACACACCUAUAGUUCGUGCCAACAAUUCAGAACUCAGUUUUCUUCUCUUGGUGUCACUCAAAUUGUGUUUCUUGUGUUCGUUGCUCUUCAUUGGACGACCCAGAUCAUGGACUUGCCAACUAAGACAUGCAGCAUUUGGCAUCAGCUUUGUGCUUUGUGUCUCAUGUAUCCUGGUGAAAACCAUGGUGGUUCUGGCUGUGUUCAGGGCCUCCAAACCAGGAGGGGAGUCCAGUCUGAAGUGGUUUGGUGCUGUGCAGCAGAGAGGGACAGUUCUGGUUCUGACUUCUGUUCAAGCAGCAAUCUGCACUGCCUGGCUUGUCUCUGCUUCACCAGUGCCUCAUAAAAACACCCAGUAUCACAGUGACAAGAUAGUUUAUGAGUGUGUAGUUGGGUCCACAGUUGGUUUUGCAGUUUUACUUGGUUAUAUUGGUUUACUGGCUGUCCUUAGUUUUUUGUUAGCAUUUCUAGCAAGGAAUCUUCCAGACAGUUUCAAUGAGGCCAAACUCAUCACUUUCAGCAUGCUGAUCUUCUGUGCAGUGUGGGUGGCCUUUGUCCCGUCUUACAUUAGCUCACCAGGCAAAUAUGCAGAUGCGGUGGAGGUAUUUGCCAUCCUGGCCUCCAGUUUUGGCCUCUUGGUGGCACUGUUUGGACCCAAAUGUUACAUAAUCCUGUUGAGACCAGAGAGAAACACAAAGAAAGCCAUCAUGGGUCGAGGCACCACAAAGUAACACUAUUAACUAUGAUCCGCUCCAUAUUUUAGAAUUGAGUUGUAAUUAACAGGUCACAAUAGAGGCAAUAAAGAUGUGUUAACACACCUUAA